UUCCAAGUCGUUGUGUAGCGCAAAAAUGGCAGAGAACCUUAAAGACCUAAGCAGACCCCAGAUGUUUUUAUUUGGGUGUGUGCUGAAGGCUGAUAAAAAAGAGCACAAAGUCGAGGUAGACGAUGAUGAAGUUGACCACCAGCUGUCCUUGAAAGCGGUGUGUCUGGGAGCAGAAGCAGAGGAUAAGUUACAUACAGUGGAGAUUGAGGGAGUGACAUACGAUGGUAAGACGACCAGAAUUCCUCUUGCUGUGCUGAAGCCAUCCAUUCUUCCGUCUCUAAGUUUAGGGGGAUUUGAAAUCACUCCUCCAUUCACGUUCCGUUUGCAGUCUGGUGCCGGACCAGUCUAUAUCAGUGGGCAACAUUUUGUCAGCAUAAAAGAAUCUGAUGAUGAGGAAGAAGAAGAGGAGAAUAACACAUCACCUGUGAAGAGACCAUCCAACAUGGCCUCUGGAAAAAUGCCACUGAAAAAGCUGAAAAUGGAUUCAGAUGAUGAUGAUGAAGAUGAGGAGGAUGAUAGUGAAGAUGAAGAUGAUGAUAGUGACGAACAUGAUGAAGAUGAAAAGCCUGUUGCACCAAGCCCAAUGAAACAGUCACUGAAAGCCCCAGAGAAAAAGAAGAGUGCAGAAAAACAGAACGGCUCACCAGGAAAAAAAGACGACAAACCAGGGAAGCCUCAAAGCCAGGUUGCAAUAAAGGGGAAAGACAAGACUGGCGCAGGACCUUCUGGAAAGACUCCCAGCAAGCCCAGCAUAAGUGAGGUCAAGAACAGAUUAGCAACUGCUGCUAAAGAGGGCAAGCCAUUUCCAAAAACGGAACAGAAAUUUGAGAAUUACGCCAAGAACACUUUCAGGAUCUCUGAUAAACAAGUGAUCAAAGACCUCUGGAACUUUGUACAAACACUGAAAAAGUAAUGGCAGCUUUUGCAACUCAUCCCCCUUUUGCGUCCCCCCCAUGUACCAGAGGAUUAUCCAGUGAUGGUCUUCAGCUGUGAAUUCUGGCUUCUCCCACUCUAAUGAAACCGUCCACUUUCCUAUGUGUGUAAUGAGACUUUGAAAAUAGAAAGAGGACUCGUUAUCUUGCGUUAUUCUAAUGAAGCCAACCAAUGUAUUGUGGAUGUGUUGGACAUAGGAUUUCAAUCAUGGUGGUAAAUAUUGUAUGACAGCUUAUGGGGUAGCUUGGGUAGUUUGUGUAAAUACAUCCGUGAGGUUAAUUGCAGUGUAAACAACAAUUUGGAAGAAUAUUUAUGAAGGAAUCUCCCGGUGUAUCUGAGCAGGUUAGCUUUUUGCUUCUCGGCAGCUUUUUCUUGGAACAGUUUUAAAAUGUCCGUCAUUUGCUGUAAAUAGCACUAUUCAUUUUAAUGUAAAAACAUGGCAACUGAAAUAUAGCCGAAGAUUGCGUCUGCUUCUGAGUAUUCCGUCUGGCCCGAAAUGUUCCGUCUGACUGAGGAUUCCAUCUGGCUCACAGUAAGCCUUGUAGCUCUGAAGAUCCCAUCUGGCUAUGCUUCUAUAGCUCUCUGUAAGGUGGAAAUCUUGGUGAGCCAAGGUAUCUUUGCCUAGGUACUGUAAUCAGAUAAAGUGAUCUUUUAAGGGUUCUAGCGAUCUGUUGCCAAAUAAAUGACAGAAAAAAAUAAAAAUCUAUAUCCAAUAUCCAUGGCUUAAAUUGGGAAACGAUUUCACAGAAGCAUUCCAGUUCAUUUAAUGCAUUGAAUUCCAGAGGUAAUGCUAAUGUGCAUUAUCUUUUCAGCAUUUUUCUAGUAUUUCAUAUUAUUAAUGCACUCUUGAGUUUGUCUUUUGUUGUACUUCUACUGUAAUAUUUUAAAUAGGAUUACUUAAUCCUUUACAUCUUCUAAUUGUAUUUGUUGUAUAAUGUUGUACCUAUUCACUGGUGUUUCAAAGGCAGUUUAACCCUGAAUGUUUAAAGUUUUAACAGUUGGCAUGGUUUAGAGGACAUGACCUGAUUGUUACCUGUGUGAAUAUUAUUUUAAACAUUGAGCCAUGAUGUUUCUCAUGGAUUUGUCUAAUUGAUUUUAUGACUAACCUGACAGUUAAUGUGACCACAGACAUACAUAAGCACAACAAUUUCUCAGUGCUUUAUGGCUCUGGUUUACUAAUCAGAAGGUUGGGGCUUCAAGCUCCAGCCCUUCAAAACUGCCCUUCAAAAAGGUCCUUAACCCUCUUAUCUCCAGGGGCACUGUAUCAUGCUCUGAUGUGCUUUAAUGUAUAUGUGACAACUAAUGUCUUUUCUUAACCUACAGUGCUAUAAAAAAACAAUCGCUCAAUACUCUUUAUCUCUUGUUUUCAUGUGAGAUACAUUACAUUUGACAUAUCCAUGUUUUUUUUUUUUUUUUUUUGCAUAUAUAUUUCACUGGCAUGAACGGAAUAAAUAAAACU